AUGGGGAAUCAAAAAGCGUCCGAUGGAAGUGAGAAAGGAAAUCAUAUACCCUUUGAGUAUAUAGAUACCUGGAGGUGGAAUGCCUGUUCUCUGCAGGCCGCAAGCGAGUCCAAGAGUGGCAAGGAGUGCGAGAGAGAAAGGAGAAUUAAAUCGGUGCCGGACAGUUGUGACAUGUCCCUUUAUCAAAAUGAAAUAGAAAAUCAUUCAGAUGAUUCAAGUGAUUCAGUUUAUAAAGAUGCAGGUUAUGAAGAUCAAGAAACAAGAAAUCAAGAAAGAAAAGAUCAAGAAACAAGAAAUCAGGAUAGUAAAGCAGAAAGACAAGAAGGAAGAGAUAUAGUAGAGGAAAACAAACAGGAUCCAAAAGAAAAGGAUAAACAAGAACAAAGAAGAUCUCAGAGAAAUAGAAAACUUCCAGAUAAAUAUAAUGAUUAUGUUUUUCUAACAUAUUCACAAGCUGUUUCAGGGCCUGAAUGUGAUAAAUGGAAGAAAGCUAUAGGAGAGGAGAAGAAGUCACUUUGA